AUGCAUCCCAGGAUAAGAAAAUUUGCCAUGUACAUUUUGUCCAUCUUCUUGCUUGCGUGCCUGGUGUACUUAAAGAGGGACACCAAGUCGGUUGUGUCUGCAGCAAGCAGGAAAACGCACAAGCCGCAUCAGAAGCAUGCCUCCUGGUUCCCCAAACGGGCGGAGCCUAGCAAAUGCACACCCGACCUUACCGUUGCCAAUUCCUCUACCUCCCUCCCCGAGGUCCACCGGGUCUUCUUGAUGUACAAGCACUGCCGGCACUUUCCGACGUUGCUGAAGCCGACCGGAUGUGACGCCGACACCUUCCUGCUGCUGGCUAUCAAGUCUGCCCCCAUCAACAUCGAUCGCCGGGUGACCAUCAGGAACACGUGGGGAAAGGACCCCGUCGUCGGUGGCAAAUCGGUGAAGCUGCUGUUCCUGCUCGGUCGCUCGGAGGUCAAAGUCCGGGCUCACUCCCUCCAGCAGCUUUUGGUGUACGAGAGUCAGGAAUUCGACGAUAUCGUCCUGUGGGAUUUUGUCGACAACUUCUUCAACUUGACCCUGAAGGAGCUGCACUUCCUCCGAUGGUACGCCACCGACUGUCCACAGGCCCGCUUUGUGCUGAAAGGGGACGACGACGUGUUUGUCAACACCUACAAUAUCGUGGCGUUCCUGAGAGACCUGGACCCUCAGAAGGAUCUCCUCGCUGGUGAUGUCAUCAGCAAAGCCCGACCGAUAAGAAACACCAACACCAAGUAUUUCAUACCAGAAUCGAUGUACCGGGAGCCUUUCUACCCCCUCUACGCCGGUGGCGGCGGCUAUGUCAUGUCCCAGACGACGGUGCGACGGCUGCAGUUGACGGUCGAGGACACGGAGCUCUUCCCGAUCGAUGAUGUCUUUGUUGGGAUGUGUCUGGCCAAAAUGGGGAUGACCCCAGUUCACCACACUGGCUUUAAGACCUUUGGAAUCCAGAGGCCCUUUAAUCCGUUUGAUCCCUGUCUGUACAAAGAACUGAUGAUUGUACACAAACUGAGCCCAACGGAGAUGUGGGUCAUGUGGACGCUGAUGAAAGACGGCGGACUUAGAUGUGCCAUUUCAGUCGCUCACGAAUGA